UUGAGUUAAACUGAUUAAUAUAUCAACUUGCAAACUAUAGAUGAUUCAUUAUUAGCUUCAAUCUUUAUAUAUAUUUUACUGAGGUGUGUUUUCAUAUCUUUUUUCAGAUCCGUAUGAACAGAUCUAAAAACAACAGUAUAAAUUUCUGACUCAUUCUUAAGACAUAUGAACUAGAAAUCAAAAACAAAGUUCAUUUUGCUUCUAAAUCCAUCCGAUCAUCAGAAAAAAUAGGAGUAUGUCGCAUUAACUUACAACUUCUUUCAAAUUUCAUUUAAUAUUUUCCAAAAAAAAGCAAACCACCUGGCUAUCCUUCAUAAAUCGUUCACGCCUAGUUUUUCAUAAAAUGUGAUUCUAGUCCUAAUUUCCUAAAAUUCUUUUGAGUUAUUGAUUAUAAAAUUCACUUUGAACUUAUCGGAUUUAGGUGCUAAUUUUCAUUAAAUGGAUUCUGUUUAUUAUUACAGCAGUGAUAGCGUGGUGACGGCUUCUGGUUUGAGCAUACAGCAUCUAGAAGCAGAAGAAGCGACACUUUCCAACAGUUCGAACCCGCCGACGCCAAUCCUUACUGUAGUUACUAGAAUGAACAACCAGCCCUCCAAUUCGAAUAGACAUGCGUUCAUCGACUACAUACCUUCUUCCUUACCAGCUGAUAUUAUAUCAACAUACGAUCUGCCAAUCCCAAUUCCGCGAUACGAACUCAAAAACCAAUUAGAACCGCGACUCAAGCCCAUUCAGAUGCUCAAACGUAUACAACGAGACAUUACCCAAAUUUUAAUUUUAGUUCCCCUCAUCAAAACAGAAGAUAUCUUUCAAAGUGUGCAGGCAUUAAACAUCACAAUUUUACCUAAUUUGAUCGAAAAUAUAGAAAAACAGAAGAACAAUUUCUACUACAAAAUGGAAAACAGUCAAAUAUCGCAGAUACGAGAAGUGUAUUACUUCAUGGAUACGUUAGAAGUAGGGAAACAAUUAGUCAAACUAUUGCAAGAAGUGAUUGGCUUUCUUCAGUUCAAAUUGCGUGCCAAAGCCAGAAGUAGUUUAAACCGUCGCUCAGUUUGUAAAAGUUUAAAAAUCGAGAAAAAAGACAGAGAACUUAUCAAGGAAAUGUCAGAGAAUGUGACAAAACUCAAUGAAAAAAUUGUUAAUCGAGUAGCUAUUAUAGCCAACGAUGUAAAUAGUGAUGAAGAAUAACUUAUUGUAGUAAAAACAAUUUCAAGAUAACUUU